CACAAAGCCACGAACAGUUUGUUAGUAUGCGUAGGUUUAUGUCAUGUGGACGUGUCGUGACUCGUGUCUCGAAGAUGGUUUGCAAUCUGUGACAAUCUGUGAAGUGUAAAAUUAACCAGGUUGCGAUUUUGAUCUCUGGAAUCGCAUACGCCAGUAGACAAGUGAGAAUUUGAGGAUGCAAUGCCCGCACGUAGACGUCGUGGUGCUUCGGAAUACGGGAAUGACCUCGUGAUCGGAGCUCUGACAACUCUACUCGGUCACCAGAAUCAACAGUCCUCGGAAACUACGAGUCAGUAUUACAAUGAAAAGCCCACUUUCGAGACAGUAGAGGAAGAGUUACAAAAACAACGAGCACCACCGCCACAAAUCACGAUGACAGCUCGCGACCGGACCAAUGAAUUCGCCAAUGCCAUCCGGAGCAUACAAAGCAGGACGGUGGCGAGAGCUGCUGUCAGUCGAACUCCUCGACAAGCAAGGCAAAUUCAGAGCUAUUCUGAAUUUAUGAUGAUUGCUAAAAACAUUGGCAAGAAUAUCGCGAGCACUUAUGCAAAGCUCGAAAAACUCGCUCUGCUGGCCAAGCGAAAAUCGAUAUUCGACGAUAGACAAAUGGAAAUCGAAGAGCUUACAUCCAUCAUAAAAAUGGAUUUGAAUAGUUUGAAUAAGCAAAUAGCAAAACUGCAGGAUUUAGGAAAGCAACAGCGCGAUACUUUUGGCUCAUCCAAAAAAAACCACAUUGCUUCACAUUCCUCCUCCGUUGUAGUAAACUUACAGUCAAAGUUAGCAAGCAUGUCCACCACAUUCAAAAACGUCCUCGAAGUUCGAUCGGAAAAAAUGAGGGAGGAACAAAGUCGACGGGAACAAUUUACACAAGGGCACGUUUCGACGAUGCUCCCACCCAGUAUAGUUUCUGGUAAACAAGGAUCCUUGUUACUUCAAGAACAGGAUUCUAGUGCUUCCGUUAGUAUAGAUCUCGAACCUGCAAUGGCUCAGAUGUCGAUGCAAAGAAAUGUUUAUGACGAUACAGAUUCCUACGUUCAAGCUCGGGCUGAAACUAUGCAAAAUAUUGAAUCAACGAUAGUAGAACUAGGAGGAAUUUUCCAACAAUUAGCGCAUAUGGUUAAAGAACAAGAAGAAAUGGUCGAAAGGAUAGACAGUAAUAUAGAGCACACGGAAUUGAACGUGGAAGCUGCCCAUGCCGAAAUCCUAAAAUAUUUUCAAUCUGUGACUGGCAAUCGGUGGCUGAUGAUAAAGAUAUUCGCGGUCCUGAUAUUUUUCUUUAUAUUCUUCGUGGUAUUCCUGGCGUAAGAUCCUAAGGGUUAAGGCAAUAAUUUUUAACGUUCAAUCUUUACGUAUAAAUAGGCAAGAGUUUGUGAGAUAUGUAAAUUUGAUUAUGGUUGGAGGAGUGUUUUUAUAUUUACUAGAAAAGUUAUGAACUAUACGUGUGAAAAAGAGUAAUAUUUGUAAUGCAUUCCUUCGUACCGUCAUUUCUACCAAUUAUUAUUAUUAUUCUUAUUCUUCUUCUUCUUCUUAUUAUUAUUAUUAUAAUUCAAUUUCCUGCGACGGUUUCUACAGUCGAUUUUAUUUAUGCCGUAUUGUGCAGAAAAAGAAAAGCGUAACUUUUCUGAUAUUUUUUGUUAGCUGCGCAAUAAAGCAUAUAUGCACUCGACUGUAGAGAAAAUUGAUAAAUGCCUUUCUUCACAAAGUUAGGUGUAAUUUUGGCUUUGCAUUAAAAAACAAUAAAUACCUCCAUGGUGCGAGGCAUUCAUGAAUCUUACUGUACUAUAACUCUCAGCAUUUUUGCGCAGAAAGGAGAUUCCUAAAGAUAACGACGCUCAUGUUCUCUUGAGAGAGGCACGAAAAACUUGUAAAAAUAAAGAUAAUAAAGAUAUAAU